AAUUAUACUCGAACCCGUUUGAACUAUGUCUUCUUUGUGUUGAGCGCAGACUGCGUAUUGCCCUGAACUUUGAAUUACAAUGGAGUCAAAGAAAGGCUCCGGCACGGUUGAAGUGCGCUCGGCCACCACCGACAUUUCAGUAUACGAUCAAGAAGGUCCAACACCCCGGCGAAUGACACAACGCAUUCGUGAUUCUGUAGAAUUGAGAAGGAAUUCCGGAUCUAGUUUGAGUCCAGAAGUAAUAAGGUCGACGACUUCAGUCUCCUGCGUAACUCGCCAAGCCUCGGAAGAUGACUGUGCGAAGCAGAGAUUCAUUGUUUGGGCUGCUGUCAAACGAAAUAGAUCAAUUCGAAUGGCAGCGAGUGACAGAUUGAGGUGUCCAUUGGUACGAUGCGGUGAACAGUUUGGCGAUCACGAGACCAUGCUUAGGCAUCUGAGCCGUUGUCGACAUCUUGAGACGGGAGAGUAUCUCUGCUAUGAUUGCAUGAGAGUCGAAAGAUUCAACGACGGGAAAUGCAAGUGCUGUCUUGGUCAUCAAACGAAACGAAGGCGAAUUAUCAACGCAGCGAAGAAGGUCUUCUCAACUCUUGGACAUAAACCACGGAGAGCUGGCUCAUCUGAAAUUGGCCAAGAUGAGUUUAUGAUACCGCCUCCUCCAAGCUAUGAGUCUCUCGACAUCGAAUCGAAUCAAGAUGAGGAUCAAGAGUUGCAGCUUCCUAUCGAACCGGAGAUCAGCGGUAAUCCGAUUAGUGAGAUGGAUGCGCAGACAAUGUUCCCCGUUGAGCUCGCGUCUAUAAACUACGAACCACAACAGGAUAUUUCCCAACCGCUCAACGAUUUCGAUGCUCCGGUUCCAGUGGUGUCCCAUUUUGUGACGCCGCCACUACCUGGCCAUAGCCUGCAAAAUCUUGUGAACAACAACGGGAGCCGACCAUCAUUAACACUUGAUACUCACAAUACGGGGCGCCCGAACAAAGUCCCGCGAACAACAUUCCUCUCACCAAGUUCUUCAUUGCGUUCAAACAACAGUUCGCAGGGUAUUAUUUCUCCUCUUAGUGCAGCAUCAGGGUUAUGGGCUAAUGAGUCAUCCAUCGAUACGACCCUGGCAUCGCCCAUCACCCCGUUCAGUUCGGAUGCCGAGUCUAGUUCGUUGUCCCGAGAGAAUAGCUGCAAAUUCCCCAAGGAUUUCCGGCUACCGUCUCUACUCUCAAGCUGGAACGAUCAGCCAUACAAGAGUAGGUCGAUUGAACACACGGGUUUGGCUACUUCGGACAGUAGCUUUACUCUAAAUAACGUGUCUGAGCUCCCUGGCGACAUGCCGCUUAACAUGGCGUUGCCCAGAAGCUGGGGUGUUGAGCCACUCACAUUCUCUCUUGAUCCUAAAGAUAACUAUUCAUGGUCCUCUACUGUCGACACUCAAGUCAAUGUCUUGUUUACCGGAAACAACGAUGAUCCGAACAUGGAAAGCGAGGAAUUUAAUUGCGAUGCGCGGACUUUGGUCAGUCAUACUUGGGAAACCUUAAAGGAGCAAAUGACGUUUUCGAUGCCCAAUGUUGCGCAUAUCAACAACUCCCUGGCUCGACAACUCGAGAUGUUCUCACCAAAGGAUAUGAUUCUGAGAGGCCUGAAAGGUCUGCAACGCAUCUUAUGUGGUACAGACCUUAAUGACCCUCUCGAUUACCUCUGUUUUGUUCAUCUGAUUUAUGCGUUCUCCUUUGUUAUCCAUGAGGAAGAUGUAUCGACACGUAUUGAUGAGCUGUUCAAGCAGGCCCUGGCAUAUCGAAAUUUCUUGCCAGCGCGAGAUCGGGAUUCUUACUCUGCUUUGGUUACUGCAAUCUGGGAACCUAGGGAAUUGGAAACCUCUAACAGCCAACUGGGCCGCUCAUCAAGCUUGAAAGGAAAAGAGCUAGAAUUGCGUGACAAUACACCCAUUCCUUUUAAAUCUGAUCCACUAGUCGCUGUGGCCCAGAACUUUUUAGAUGAUCUCGAAACGUCGUUGCUUGGUGGGAAUAACACCACACGUCCCCUUGAAACUAUGACUUCGGAGCUUUACUCGAUUCACAUCGCCGAAACGGGGCCAACUACUCAGCUAAACAACGAUGCUUUUUCUAUCACGGUGAACUACAUUAUCCAGGUGCUCAGUCAAAAGUUCGGGCCGUUGAGCAAAGACCUUGUACCAAAACUGAGAGCUGUUGGGCAAAAGGUUACCAGUGGCUAUGUGACUACGAUUCGUUGUCUUGAAUUGGAGUUACUCCAAGCCGGGAAAAACGCCCUACCUGCGCUAGAGCUGUUUCAAGAUUAUAUCCCACAAGUCAGAGGUCUCUGUGAUCCUAUAUACAGCCAGCGCGGGUCAAACCCUAGAUCAAAUUAUCAGAGACUCGGAGUCGCUCUGGUCGAGUCUUUGGUACAGAAUAUCGACGCUCAAACUACACCAGUCAUAAAUCUUUCAACUUCAGAUCAAGUGCAUGACAGUACAUCGGACUUCAGCCUAGAUUUACCAGAUGACCCUGAUUUUGUGGCAGCAUUUUUGAAAGAUUUUGACAACAGUGCAUUGGCUGGCGAGAAUUUUAUUGACCCUACAACAACAUCACUGGAGCAAACAGAUUAUGGUUCCAAAAGGGACACAUCACACAUAAUACCCACUGCAACAGGAAUCCUAGGGACGGACCAUACUACCGUCGAUCCCCAAAGUCUAAAUCACACGGGCUCCGAGACAGAAAAUAGUAUUUUAAGCAGGCCAGAGAAGACAAUCGCAUAUGAACACAAAACCAUACACCAAAACGACGUGUUCACAGCCGCACCCACCUCUGUGCCAUCACAAAAGGAGGAGAGCAGCGCUUCAACACCAGCGGAAGGCAACACCUCAGGACCGAGGACUGAAGCGAAUGACUGCUGCGAAAUCUGUGGUUACCGCCCCAAGGGCGACCCGCAGUGGUUUAAAGGUUCAAUGGCAAAGCACAAGAAAUUGCAGCACUCGAAAGAGCCGCCCAAGAUCUACAGAUGCAAGUUUCCGGGCUGCACUAGCGCCUACAAGAACAGACCGGACAACCUUCGACAGCACCAGAUAGAGAAGGAUCAUUUUGUGGAGGGCGAGGGAAACCAAAAAAGGCCUACAAAAAGAAAGAAGCCGGAUGAUGAUUAAGGAUACAGUCGAUAGGAAACUCAGGGCUGUGUAGGAUUUAAUGCAUAGCGGGAUAAUGGGCUGGCGUUGAAGGUGGUUUCAUUAAGAGAAAGAAAGAUGAAGACAUUGGGACAGGUUUUGUAUGGGAAGAUACCAUUUGCAUAACUACUUUUAGAUUUGGAUCUGGGUUAGUCACUAGGAUCGCGCACAGGAAGCAUACACGCCAGCGUGUUUAUAUGUGUGUUUUUGAUAUUCUCAAAUGUCCAACCUUCUCAGACACAAAUACAGUAUUGAUUCAAUGAUUCGUAGUAUUUCCCUUCUUGCAUCGCCCCGGAAUCUUGCAUCGCCAUAAAGUCUCUUGUCCUGGAGACCUCACACUACCGUUGAACGAACGAGGU